AUGACAUCCAGUGAGGCAUGGUCUUGGGAACUGGGCGGAUUCGGUAAUACCUUGGUCGCCCAGUUCAAUCCCGUACGUUUCAUUCCGGGACCUGUAUUCGCCGUCAUAGAUGGCGUCACCGGCUAUUCAGAAGAGGAGGCGGAGAAUGCACUUUCGAGAUAUGAAAUCUUUGGCGACUUUAACCGCACGCUCCCGGAGACCGACUAUUUCUCGGACAGAGGUUUGGAGUAUAACUUGAAUCGCGUGCCGAUCGGCGGAUCGGACUUCUCGACCCACCCCUACAGCUAUGAUGACGACCAUAAGGGGGACUUUGAGCUCAAAUAUUGGAAUCUGACAGCAGAUGACCACAACUAUAAGAUCCCAUAUAUGAAGGCCGCACUCCAAGUGAGUCCAUACAAGAAUAAAGUAAAGUUCUUUGGGAGUCCGUGGUCUGCACCGGCCUGGAUGAAAAAUAAUAGUCAACUCAAUCACGGUGGCUACCUUAUUGGGGAGCCGGGAGGGGCUUACUAUAAAACAUAUGCCAACUAUUUUGUGAAGUUCUUAGACGCCUAUAAACAAAACGACCUAAACAUAUGGGGCAUAACCAUACAAAACGAACCGGGAGCCGGAUCUCAUCCCGACUACAGCUUUAAUAGUAUGGGAUUUACGCCGGAAUUGCAGAGGGAUUUCCUGAAGAAGGAUUUGGGGCCUAUACUCGAGGCGGCCGGUUAUGGUCGCGACAAACUGGAUGUCAUGAUAUGCGACGACCAGAGAAAUAAAGUCCAUUUGUGGGCCGACACUAUACUUAAGGACAAGGAUGCGGCCAAAUACGUGUCGGGAACGGCGUUUCAUUUCUAUUCAAACAAACCUGAAAAUGUGGGCAAUUUAGACAAAACCCACGAAAUAGAUCCGAACCGUUAUAUACUGAACACAGAGGCCUCGCAUAAUGUGCCGACACUUGGAUUCUGGCCCUUCUUAGAGGACUUCUCCAAAGAUAUCAUAAUUGAUCUAAACCACUGGACCAAUGGGUGGGUGCACUGGAAUAUGGCGUUGAAUCUGACGGGUGGACCCGAUUGGUCGGGCUCUGCGGGCGCACCCAUUAUAGUGAACGCCACGGGACAGGAAUACUACAAGAACCCAGACUUCUAUGGUAUGGCGCACUUCAGUAAAUUUGUUUCACCCGAUUCCGUGAGACUGGAGCUCCGGGAGGAUAAACCGGUGGACAAAGUGUUGACCAUUGCUUUCGAGAGACCCGACGGCGGAGUUGUUGUCAUUAUUUUGAAUCCAAGUAACGAUGAAAUCGAUUUCACUAUCAAUGAGUCGACAAACCGUUUAACGCAUGUUAUUAAGGCCCAC